AUGGAGGAUACCCUCUCCUUGGCCGCAGGAGCUGUGGUACAAGAAGGUAUCCUUAGCCCGGUGGAGGGACACCAAAUGGCGCUCCUUUUCCAGCAUGAUGGCCAGCCAGUAGCCGGUGGACGUCUAGCUAAGACCGCUGGAGGAAGUAAAGAGACUGGAUGUUUUGGGACCAGGACCUUAGACAGUGUUAACGCCAGAGAAUUCCAAGUGACUUUAAACAACAACAAACAAAGCAAACAACAUAAUGACACAACAAGAAGCAAGGAAGACAAGAAUGACGCAGCAAGACGCAAGGAAGACAAGAAUGACGUAGCAAGAAGCAAGGAAGACAAGAAUGACGUAGCAAGAAGCAAGGAAGACAAGAAUGACGUAGCAAGAAGCAAGGAAGACAAGAAUGACGUAGCAAGAAGCAAGGAAGACAAGAAUGACGUAGCAAGACGCAAGGAAGACAAGAAUGACGUAGCAAGAAGCAAGGAAGACAAGAAUGACGUAGCAAGAAGCAAGGAAGACAAGAAUGACGUAGCAAGAAGCAAGGAAGACAAGAAUGACGUAGCAAGAAGCAAGGAAGACAAGAAUGACGUAGCAAGAAGCAAGGAAGACAAGAAUGACGUAGCAAGAAGCAAGGAAGACAAGAAUGACGUAGCAAGAAGCAAGGAAGACAAGAAUGACGUAGCAAGAAGCAAGGAAGACAAGAAUGACGUGGCAAGCAAGGAAGACAAGAAUGAAGCAAAAAGAAGCAAGGAAGACAAGAAUGACGUAGCAAGAAGCAAGGAAGACAAGAAUGACGCAGCAAGAAGCAAGGAAGACAAGAAUGACGUAGCAAGAAGCAAGGAAGACAAGAAUGACGCAGCAAGAAGCAAGGAAGACAAGAAUGACGUAGCAAGAAGCAAGGAAGACAAUCACGAGUAA